AUGGUCCUACUGGCCGACGAUGAGGAAGGAUAUCAACACAUAUACCAGCACAUUCAAAAUGUUCAGCCACAGCAGGGGUGGCCACGCGAGCUGCUGCAGCUCAUUGACAGUUUCCUCACUGAACGCAGAGCUCAGGUCCUGCUGGAGGGGACCACCACAGCAGCACAUCAGAUGCAAUGUGGCACGCCACAGGGGUCUCCUUUGUCACCAAUACUGUUCCUUCUGUGCCUGGCAGAGCUGCUGUGGCAAAACUCGGAGUUGCACUUUGGCUAUGCGGAUGAUCUGAACAUCUGGCGGGCGACCCACUCACUUGACAACAAUGCCACCCUUCUCAGACAGGAUAUACAGAGUAUUCUGAGGUGGGGGGAGAUAAACAAGGUGGCCUUCGCACCAGAGAAACUUGAGAUGAUCCAUCUUACAAGAAAGCGACACAAUGAGGCACCAGCAGUAGUUGUGUCUGAGGACCUCACUGUUCACCCUGUUACUGCCCCAGCUGGACAGGAGCCAGCACUUCGCUGGCUGGGUGUACACUUCGACAGAAGGCUCACCUGGAGACCACAUGUCUCCACCCGGGCAAAGAAGGCAAGGGCCGUGGCCCAGCACAUCCGGAGUCUGGGAAAGACCAGAGACGGGCCCCCAGCAGACGCUCUGCGGAAGGCGGUCACCACCUGCGUGGUUCCCUCACUGCUCUAUGGCACAGAGGCCUGGUACGGCGGCCGCACGCAGCCAGCAAGGCACACGGGCAGGAGUGGGGAGGUUAGCUCCCGCCUGGGAUGGCAUGUGGGGACAGUUGAGAAGGUGCUUACUAUGGCAGCCAGAGGGGUCCUCCCAGUUUUCCGUACAACGCCCAUCGCUACCCUAUACCGGGAUGCUGGGCUCCCAUCAGCAAUGGUAGCUCUGGAGGAGGCCAAAAUGCGAUUCGCGACAAGGCUUCAGGUGGUGGAUGAGAAGCACCCACUGGCUUCACGGAUAGCACCUCCAAUGAUCACACGAGGAAGAGGGGCUGGAACCCGGCAGCGCUCAAAGACCAAGAUCCAGCGGUUGGGGGCGCUGCUACCUGCAGUCAAUAGACCCACACUUGCCAUCCCACACUACUCAGAGGGAUGCGGGACAGACCCCACAGAGGGUGUAGACAAAAAGAGUGCUGCUCAGGCAUUCAAGGAAUGGUGGAGAAGUCAACCCUCAACAGAUCUAUAUGUUUUCUCAGAUGGAUCAGAACGGAGCCUUGACAACAGCAGGCAGGUGGGCUAUGGCUUCAUAGUCUAUCAGGGAAAUAAACAGCUGGCCAGCUUCUCAGCUGCGCUGAGCCCUAUGUCACAUGUCUUCGACGCUGAGGCAGUUGGUGCCUGCUGGGCAUUAGAGUGCGCCGUGAAGCUCCUACCUUGUGUCACAGAGGACAGCAGCAACCCUCAGAUCUGGCUCUGCCUCGACAACACCUCAGUCAUCUGGGGCAUACGGGGCAGUGCAGCAGCCUCCUCAAACUGGGCCUACAACCGCUGCCAUGAGCUCCUCAGACAGCACAAUGUCGGCCUGAAAUGGGCUCCUGGGCAUAUGGGGAUAGAGGGCAAUGAGGAAGCAGACCGCUUGGCUAAGCGGGCAGUCUCAUCCACUGCAGCCCCAGCCUAUGGUCUCGAGGCCACACCCACAGUCAGUGGGGUCCGCACAGUGGCCAAGCAGCUCAGCCAAGAGGCAAGGCGAAAGUGGUGGAGUGGAGCCUGUGGCAAGCUCUCUGACUGGUGCCGGGGCUGGAGUUUCAGCAGGCCGACUGUGGAGUACCAAGUGAAGGCCCCUCCGGAGCUCACCAUGCCACGGCAUGCCCUUCACCGCUGGCUCGCACUCCGCUCCUCUCAUGGGGACUUCUCCUGGUACCACAGGCGUUUCCAGCAUGCAGAUGCGAGGCUCACCUGUGUCUGUGGACACAACAAGAGCCCAGAACAUUUGGUGCUCUGUCGACACUCACAGAGGCACUUUCUUCACUGGCCCAAGAGGCCAGCAGCACGGCCACACAACCGGGCGACAGCUGUUGCCUAUCUAGGGUCUCUGACCCCUACAGACUUUGUAGAACUGCUGGACUGCACGCAGUUCUACACACGGUACUGCACAAGCAGUUCCACGAGGCCGGCCUGCUGA